UUACGCUGCUCCACUCCUGGAGAUUGAACCUUAUCACAGUCACAUCCUGAAGAGCGGUGGAGCAAACUGAACGCGCUCAACUUAACUAAACCCAAAGUUUGAGUUUUGCUUUCUCGGACGCGUUUUCCUCGAUUCGGGAACAUCCCUCAGAGGAGAAGGUGGAGGAAGUCAGGUGUUUUACAGCCUUUGAGUGACCUCACCCCUUCCUUCCUCCCCACGCUUUGACUCCACCUCCUCCGUGAUGUCAUCUCAGGCCCCGCCCACCCAGGGGUCAAGACCAGUGACCCCUCCGCUAACCUCUGCGGGAUCCCCACGGUCUCCAGUGUUGCCAGAGUCCCUGCAUCCUCCGAUCUGCAGACACAGGGACCGCUCGCCCUCCCCCAUGAGAGGCUACCUCAUCCCCAGCCCUCUGCCCACACGCAGAAACAGGACCUGCUCAGCGACAGCUCGUGCGUCCGAGGGUCCAGUGUUUACUGGUGUGUGUAAAUAUUUUUCCCGCUCCAAAGGCCAUGGCUUCAUCACGCCAUCGGACGGGGGCAGCGACAUCUUUGUCCAUAUCUCAGACAUCGAGGGUGAGUACGUGCCAGUAGAAGGCGACGAGAUGAGCUACAAGAUUUGCUCCAUCCCUCCCAAACACGAGAAGAUCCAGGCAGUGGAGGUGACCAUAACCCAUCUCAACCCUGGAACCAAACACGAGACCUGGGCAGGACGCAUUGUCAGCAGCUGAACCCUCACAAGGAAGGGGGGUGGGGGCGCUGGGUUAACAAGGCCAGUGGGUGGGAAGGGAGGCAUAGAAGAAAUUGGGAGGGGUGGAGCGGGUGAGAGGGCGAGGAUGAUGAUCAGCUGGGGAAAACUGAAACUGAGAGCUGUUAGCAGGCCUGGAGGGCUGGGGGGAGUGGCUACUAACAGUUGAGACAGCUGGGAUAUGUCAAAGAAGACAUGACCAGCGUCCUGAGGUGACAAUCAAAGGUUUAAUUUGAAGGGAAAUCUCUACCAUCUCAUAGUUGUUUCUGUCCUUCCAUGGAAAUGAGUAACUAUAUCUUAGGAAAAGAUACAGCUGGUUUGACUGGUAUAUGAACAGAUGUAUGAUUACAGUGGAAAAAUGUUUAUCAUUGAAAGAUUCAUAACAUUACUGUAGGUUUCUCGCUUAGAUUCUUAGACUCCCCUUGUGUUGAAAUUUGACGUACAUUGUUUGAAGUUUUACUUAAUUUGAUGAGGAAUUUAUAUUCAGACACGUUCAAUUGAACUUUGCAGCGUUUGAGAUGAACCUGCUGUGGUCAUAGCACAGCUAAUGAGGAGUGCUGAAUAACCCAAUAACCCUCCAGGUAUCCAGUGCGUGCCUACUUCUACCCAGAGACCUUACAGCUCUGUUUGUGCCUACUUAUAUCAAUCUAUCAUCUGUAUUUGAUCAUGCAUGGGUGGCUACAUGAGUGAAUUAAAGCAUUUUUCAACUGGUA